CAAACCACCUUCUGAUUCGAUCCUUUACAAAAAAAACUUGUACGGAAGAUAUUUUCAGCGUUUUUCGCGGGUUUGAAAAUCCUUUACCUCUUCAACUCUUCAAUUCAACUAAAAUCAGCUUUUUUUUAUAUGAAAUAAAUAACAAGCAUGCUCGAGAAUGGAUGAAGAAGUUGAAUUGAAUUAAACAGAAAUAUGAAUGAAUCAGAGAAGAAGAAGAACGAUGGUGAUGAUCACUGUAAAGAGGUUUUUCGAUGGGAAUUGUUUCUACCAAAGAAAACGGUUACUGUUCUUCUGGUUGAAUCCGAUCGUUCUACUCGUCGGUUAAUUACUUCACUUCUAAUGAAUUGCAAUUAUAAAGUUAUUGCUGUUUCUGAUGGAGUAAAGGCAUGGAAGACUUUGCAAAUGAAGGAAAUUGAUGUUGAUAUUGUAUUAGCAGAAAUGGAGUUGCCUGAAAUAUCUGGAUUAGCACUUCUUUCGUUAAUGGUGGAGCAUGAAACUUGCAGAAACAUUCCUCUUAUAAUGAUGUCUUCUCACGAUUCACGUGGCAUGGUAAUGAAUUGCAUGUGUAAAGGAGCAGCUGAUUUUCUAAUCAAACCUGUUCGGAAGAAUGAGCUUAUGAACUUAUGGCAGCAUGUUUGGAGAAAGCAUGUUCUUAACAGGCCUCUCCAAAAUACAUCUGCACAAGACAAACUUAAAAUUGCCAUAGAAGACAAUUUUACUGGCAAUCAAUCGACUGAUUCUGUUUCUGUGGCUUCCUCUCAGAAAAAUAAUGAAUGCAGUGUGCAAUUGAGUGAGGCUCAAGUAACAAAACUUGAAAGGGAACCAACUAAGCUUAAUGAUGAAGCAAGAGACUCGAGGCUAGAGCAAGACUACAGAACUUCUGAAGUUGAAUCCAAAAAUGAAUUAUUUAGAGGCAAGUUAAGCAGAGAGAACCAUGAUAAUGACACUGAUACUGAGAUACGUGGAUGCAGUGAUGAACUGAUAGAACCUUCUUGCAAAGCUAUUGACUUGAUUUCCACAGUUGGGAAUCUCCAAAAACGCACUAAGGAAAUCCAUUGCAUUACUGGUGAUGAAGAAACCAAGUUUGAUUUUGAAAAAGAAUUGGAGCUAUCUUUAAGAAGUGAUUAUUCUGGCAGCUCAUGCAAACAAGCAAGUGAAGCAACUGAGGAAUGGCAACGAUUGAAUCACUCAAAUACUUCUGCCUUUUCCCAGUAUGAUGGUAGUAAGAUGUUGUGGCCACUUUUUCAAAACUACAAUUGGAGCUCUAAUAAUCCUCAUGAAUUAUCAGUAGUUACUGCUGAUAAGUGCAUUCAAUACGGUGGCCCAAUUAAAAUAGAAGAUAUGACUAACGCAGUCACGGCUCAUUAUGGACAAUUUGGACCAAAAUUAUUUAACACUGGACUCUUAGCUGAUAAUGUUCUCCAUCACAUGCGGGUUCCUAAAGCAAAUUUCCAAAAAGAGAGCUCUCCCUUUCCCUCAAGUUCCUCUUCCCAGUCCAAUCCUGAAAGUCACAAUUCAGACCAUCAUCAUAAUUGCUCUUAUGAUGCUAACUACAGCUUUCUUAAUCAAAAUGUUGCUGAAAAAUAUGAUUUGGAUCAUGUAGUACAUGAUUCUCCGAGUGUUGGUUCGGGAUUCGGCAAUGACAUUUGCCAAGCUUCAAAUUAUAUUAAUAGUGGCAAUGAUGAAAGAGCUACUUCAAAUCUGGUUACAAAGAAUUCAAGAAGUUCUAAUGAUUGUAGGCGCAACAGAAAAGAUAGUUAUGAUUAUGAUUAUGAUGAUGAUGAAUUUAGAUUGAGUGAUUCUCAUCGCUCCAGUCAAAGAGAAGCAGCUCUAACAAAGUUUCGUUUAAAGCGAAAAGAGAGAUGCUUCGCGAAAAAGGUUCGGUAUCAGAGUCGGAAAAAAAUCGCAGAGCAGCGCCUUCGGGUGAAAGGGCAGUUCGUACGUAGAGUAUACGGUGAUGAUGAUCAUCCAAAUGCAGAUGCUAAUGGUGAUCAAUGAAACUUGCUCUUUUUAACUUAUCUUGACUUUAUCACCGAUUUUUGCUCACUAGGAUUAGAUGAGGAGUGGAGUGUAUACAGUGGAAUAAUCUGUUGUAGCGAGAUAGCUAAAGGGUUAUUUAUGUUAAACAUUCCUAGGGUUUUCUUUUGUUUUUUUCUUCUUUUUGUUCUGAUUGAUGCAUUUAACUUCAUAAUUGUAAA